AUGGUGGAUGGCAGAACAAGGACUAUCAUCAAUGACAUUUUCUUCACUGAGCCCACCCCAGAAAUGAGCUCCCUUCCUGUGCGCUCUCACAGCUCCUUGUCGUUGAAUCUCGUAUCACUGAUGGUAAUUUGCAGAGGAAUAAUUAAGUUGGUGAUUCACUUUAGGAUGUACUGCCCUCCGAGGCUGAAAGCUAAACACAUAGAGCCCACGUUACGCCCAGUACCACUUAAAGAACUAAGGAUUAGUCACUGGCCCAAUGAAUGCAUCAGACACUCAGCUUCAGUUCCCAUGGCAACAGGGGCUAAUGGCCUAGAGACUAAAGAUGAGACAAAGAGAAACGCAGAGAAAUGUGCGUGUUCUGUCUUCCUCUGAGGUACGCAAGCCCCUAUUCAGGGAUUGAAAAGAACAUUCGCUUUAGUUCUACCCUGCCCUCCCCUCAAUGCUGGGUGGAGGAGGGCAGAAACGC